UUUCUCUAGGGUUUCACAAUUGCAAAGAGCCCCGUGGGCUUCUCUGCCUCCCGUGAUACUGUGUUCUUGGCAGUGCUGUGGUGUGGGAGGAAGGCUGAGGGCAGCUUUAUCAACUUGAACACAAAGGCACAUAGUCUUACUGGGACAGCAGAAGGUGAUACGGAGAAGGAAUAUACAGAGAGAGACCAGUGUUGUUUUGUGACCACAGUCAACCCAUGAGGAGUGAGUGCUCUCAGCCACCUACAAAAUACCGUGGAGAAAAUGUAUGCUAGUCGAGAGGAUAUUGGAUACGAUUUUGGAGAUGACUCAAAAGCUGGAAGUAAGCCAAUUAAGCCUAAUCCAAACAUCGAUGGAGGAUGGGCUUGGAUGAUUGUACUUUCCUCUUUCCUUGUGCACAUACUUAUCAUGGGGUCCCAAAUGGCCCUUGGAAUACUCAACAUGGAAUGGCUUGAAGAGUUUAAUCAAAGUCGUGGCUUAACAGCGUGGGUUAGCUCCCUCAGCAUGGGCAUUACACUGAUUGUAGGCCCUUUCAUUGGUUUAUUCAUCAGCAUGUGCGGGUGCCGCAAGACAGCUAUAAUUGGAGGGAUAUUGAAUGCCCUAGGUUGGAUACUGAGUGCCUAUGCCUCAAAUGUGCACUACCUCUUCCUUACAUUUGGAGUGACUGCCGGCGUUGGAAGUGGCAUGGUUUAUCUGCCUGCGGUGGUCAUGGUGGGGCAGUAUUUUCAGAAGAGAAGAGCGCUUGCACAAGGACUCAGUACCACGGGAACAGGGUUUGGAGCUUUCCUAAUGACUGCCUUACUGAAGUACCUCUGCACCGAAUUUGGGUGGAGGAAUGCCAUGUUCAUCCAGGGCGCCGUCUCCCUCAACCUUUGUGUCUGCGGGGCGCUUAUGAGACCGCUCUCUCCCAAAGACGUUGUUAGUGAAAAAUACGUUGCGAGGAGUAAUAGUGAAGAUAAUCAGGCAAAAGCUCUGUCCCAUUCGGCAGAGACUAUAAAAUCUAACGGAGUCCUCAGUGAAGAACCGGAAAAAAAAGAAGAGGCAACAAAUGAAGAAGUGCUUGACAGCGUUCAGCACAUAGAAAUUGGAGGUAAAUCUAGAAGCGGAAGGAAUAUGUACGGACUGCGCAUUCUUAAGACAGUGAGCCAGCUGACGGUUACGGUCAGGAAGGGCUUUGCAAUAUGGUACUCCAGCUACUUUGGAGCUGCGUCACUGUUUACCAAUAGAGUAUUUGUGGCCUUUAUAAUUUGGGCUUUGUUCGCCUAUAGCAGCUUUGUCAUUCCCUUUAUUCAUCUCCCAGAAAUAGUCAAGCAGUACAACUUACCUAGCCAGAACAAUAUAUUCCCUCUGACAUCCAUUAUAGCCAUUGUUCAUAUUUUUGGUAAAGUGAUCCUUGGAAUCAUCUCUGAUCUCCCGUGCAUCAGCACGUGGAACGUCUUCCUCAUGGCUAACUUUACCCUGGUCACCUGCAUUCUUACUUUGCCACUAAUGCAAACAUACGUUAGCCUGGCUGUGGUUUGUGCUCUAAUAGGAUUUUCUAGCGGCUAUUUUUCUCUAAUGCCUGUUGUGACUGAAGAUUUAGUUGGAACUAAACACCUUGCAAAUGCCUAUGGCAUCAUCAUUUGUGCCAACGGAAUAUCUGCAUUGCUUGGACCACCCUUUGCAGGUUGGAUCUAUGACAUCACACAUAAAUACGAUUUUUCUUUUUACAUCUCUGGCUUGCUAUACAUGGUGGGAAUAAUAUUUUUACUUAUACAACCUUGUAUUCAAAAGAAACAACCAAGAGAAAAAUCUACGGAAGAGGCACAAGUAUAG